AUGACGAUGAGCCAGCCAGCGGAGCGCAGACCGAGCCUGGACCCCCUCCAGCCAGGACCAGCCUCGCUCCACGCCGAGCCAGCGCCCGGCGGAGCAGCAGUCAGCAGGGCCAGCUCAGCCAGAAGCACCUCGAGCGUCCAGGCAGUCCCCCUCCGCAUACCCGCCAGACUCAGCCCACUGCUAACCACAGCCGGAAACCAGCCCACACGCCCAGCACUCCCUCGAACCCACUCCACCCCCAAGCGCAUCAACGACUUCAUCGGAUCCUACUCGACCGUCUACCACGUCACCGACAAGCAGCCCCCCAACAAGCAGUUCGCACUCAAAGUGCUCGACAAGCGCCACAUCCAGAAGGAGAAGAAGACCAAAUACGUCGCCAUCGAGCGCGACACCCUCAACCUGCUCGACCGCCAUCCGGGCUGCAUCCGGCUCUACUCGACCUUCCAGGACGAGGCCUCGCUCUACUACCUGCUCGAAUAUGCCCCCAAGGGCGAAAUCCUGCGAUCUAUCAAGACAUUGGGGUCAUUCUCAACCGACUGUGCCAGGUUCUAUGCCGCACAGAUCCUAUCCGCCAUCCAGCACAUGCAUUCCAGAGGCGUCAUCCAUCGGGACAUCAAGCCCGAAAAUAUUCUGCUGGACGCGGAGAUGCGCAUCAAGAUCGCUGAUUUCGGAAGCGCCAAGAUCCUGAACACCGCCGCGAACGAACAAGACGCUGGUGAACGGUCCCAUUCCUUCGUCGGAACGGCCGAAUACGUCAGUCCGGAACUACUCGUCCAGAAAACCACCAGCAAAAGCUCGGAUCUAUGGGCGUUCGGCUGUGUGUUGUUCCAGAUGAUCGCCGGGCUCCCGCCCUUCCGCUCGCGCAGCGAAUACCUGACCUUCCAGAAGAUCACCCAUCUGGAGUACGAGUUCCCGGCGGGGUUCCCGACGGAGGCGCAGGACCUGGUCGCGCGGCUGUUGGUGCUCGAGCCGGAGAGGCGCAUCGGCGCGUCGCCCGAGCACGGGGGGAUCGAGGAGAUCAAGGCCCAUCCGUUCUUCGCGCCCCUCGACUGGCACCGGCUCUGGGAGCAGGACCCGCCCACGCUCCAGCCCGGCCUCCUCCUCGCCGCCCCCGCUCGCCCGCCCGACGACCAGCCCUCCCCGUCGGCUGCUGGCCCCGUCUAUCUCCCCGAGUUCUUCCUCCCCCCUCCUCCUUCUCCUCCGAUGCUUCCCGUCCCCGACCCCUCCUCACUGCAGUAUCCUCCCCCCGUCGACCCCGCCCACCACACAGAUGACGAUGAUGAACCGCCUCCCGAACCCAAACCUUCCUCCCUGGGCAACGCGCUCUCUAAACGCAAGUCUUGGCUGCUCGGCGCCGGGCGGAGGAAGUCGAAGGAGGACGCGUAUGUCUGUACUUCUAGUGGCGAGAUGACCUGGGUAGAAGUCUAUCUUCCGAACGAGUUGGUGAUCUACUCGUCGGUAGUCAAUGAGCUCUGGAGCCCUUCCGGAACCAGCAGCAGCAGCAGCACAGGCAAGACGCCGGCCUCCUUGACGCGGGAGAUGGUCGUGGGCAGUCUGCGGGGCAAGCGGAAGAAGAAGCGGCAGCUGAUCCUCACCGACUUCCCGCGUCUGUUGUGCGUCAAGGAGGAGCCCAAAAGCUCGAAGAUUCGGGUCAAGUUCGAGGUCCUCUUCAAGCCGCUGCCGUCCCCCGACACCUCUGAUCCUUCUCCUGCACCUCCUCCCCCUCCGCCAACAACAACAUCUUCAUCAUCGUCGGCAAGGGCAGUGCCGGGCGCAGACUUCGAGCACUCGAAAACGCCCUCUAAUGCCUCCUCCUCCGACAACCAUUCCGCGUCCUCUAAAGCCACUAACUCCACCGCCGUCCUCCGUCACCCCCACAACCCCAACCCCACCUCGGGACAAGACUCCCCGUCGUCGCCGGUUUCGAGCCAGUUCCAGCUCUUCAAGAGCGUCGUCUUCGAGGACAGCCGCUGCUUCCGGCUCGAAACCGUCCCGACGUCCGACUUGACGACGCCGGAGGGCGCGUCUGGCCCGGCCGGCGGACGCAGGCCGGUGCUCGUGCGCAGGUUCGAGGAUAAGGCCGAGGCCGCUCAGCGCUGGACCGACGAGAUCAACCUCGCCUUCCGGGUCGCUAACCAGCUCGGGCCCCUCCCUCCUCCGCACACCCAUACUUGA